AAUAGGUAUUUAGUACCUACUUAUUAUUGUUUACCUUCGUUAAUGUGAGUACUAAGUAUGUCCAAUGUUAAGUUAGGAAUAAGAGUGCGUCCAUUUACUGACAGAGAGCUUCGAAGUGAAAAAGAUCGCAUUCCCGUGGUUAGCAUUGUCGAUAAUAAUACCGUUACUAUCACAAAUGUAAAAGUGAGCGUGUCAGGCGCCGGCGACAGCCGCGAGCGCGUGCGCCGCUACUACGCGGAUUACGCGUUCGAUAGCGCUUUGCCCGCUACUCAUCCGGAUUAUGUCUCGCAAGAAAAGGUAUUCAACACAAUAGGCCGCCAAGUAAUCGAGAGCGUCACCCGCGGUAAUUCGACAUGCGUGUUAGCGUAUGGACAGAGCGCUACGGGCAAGACCCAUACCAUGAUGGGAACCGAAGCAGACCCGGGGCUGGUGCCGAGGAUAUGCAGGGCUUUGGCUGAGGUGCAGCCCUUCGACAUUACUGUCAGUUUCCUGGAAAUCUACAACGAGCGCGUCCACGACUUGCUGGCGGGCGAGAGCGCGCCGCCCACGUGCCACUCGCUGCCCCGGCGCAGGGGCAACGCUCGCAAGGACCUGCGCGUGAGGGAGCACCCCGACAGAGGGCCCUACGUGCAAAGUGUUACUGUCAGUGUCCUGGUGAUCUACAACGAGCGCGUCCACGACUUGCUGGCGGGCGAGAGCGCGCCGCCCACGUGCCACUCGCUGCCCCGGCGCAGGGGCAACGCUCGCAAGGACCUGCGCGUGAGGGAGCACCCCGACAGAGGGCCCUACGUGCAAAGUGUAACUGUCAGUGUCCUGGUGAUCUACAACGAGCGCGUCCACGACUUGCUGGCGGGCGAGAGCGCGCCGCCCACGUGCCACUCGCUGCCCCGGCGCAGGGGCAACGCUCGCAAGGACCUGCGCGUGAGGGAGCACCCCGACAGAGGGCCCUACGUGCAAAAUCUCCGAAGGGUAGCCAUCAAUGACGUGGCAGCGCUCUUAGCACUGGUGAGCGAAGGCUCGCGCCGUCGUCGCACGGCUGCUACCAGACGCAACGCCACAUCUUCGCGGUCCCAUGCUCUCUUGGAGAUAGCUACCGCCAGUGCUACUCUUCAUCUCGCUGACUUGGCUGGCAGUGAGAAAGCUGGCUGGGAAGGCUGCGACGGCCGCCAGAAAGAAGGCGCAAACAUAAAUAAAUCGUUGGUUGCUCUUAGCAAUGUUAUUUCAGCGUUAGUAAGCGGGCGUGGGAGGUUCGUUCCAUACCGCGACUCUGCCCUUACUUGGCUGCUGAAGGACUGCUUCACGGGAGGCGCCUCCGCUUUUAUUAUCGCUACUGUGUCCCCAAGCGUCGCGUGCUACGGCGAGUCGGCGUCGACCCUUCGUUGGGCGGAGCGCGCGCGCCAACUACCGUCGCCGCGCGUCACCGCCAGCCGUCCGGCUCUGCGCACAUUGUACACACAGCUGCUAGCAGAACUUAGCAGGAAUCACAUUCAAUACAUACCUGAAACUGGAAAAAUUUCAUACGAUGAUAAUCAUUGGAAAUUGUAUGCGAACAAUGUAAAGCUGCAAUCUCCUGAUUCCUCCGAAGAAACUGCAAAAAUAGGUAACAUUAUGAAUCUGUUGCAUCCGAAAGCCGACGCUCAUUCUUCCACCGCCUCAUCAGCAGCGAGCGGUAGUUCGGAUGUUAUCAACGCGAUGGAUAAAAAUAUCAAAAUCGAUAUAACCAGUGAAAUAACCAAAGAAGUAGACAAAUUAUUUGGACCUGCACUAGAAAGGACACAAAGUAAUAGUGAUCUCAAAGUCAUUGCUCCACUUAGACACAAGCGUAGGCAAUACAAAUCACAAGAAAUUCUACCUAUUGUUGAAAAAUUACACGGAGAUCACACAGUUGAUGUGAUGCCCAGUCAAAGUGAAGUUCAGAUUGACGAUAUAAGGAAAAUAGAUAAAGCAAAAGCUCCACAAAUUCCUAUUCUAUACGACAGUCAACGAGCCGAAAUAGUAGCUUCAGUUACUGAAAGACUAUACAAUAAAAUAAAGAAAAAAGAAGAGGCAGCUGCAUCGAAAAUGGAGACAGUUAUAGACAAGAAAAUAAUGGAACCGCUGAGCGAAUUAAAGAUUUGUACUAAUGCGCGGCAACGGCUCAUGGAGUUAAGUCAGAAAGCGUUACGAAACAAACGGAGAAUAGGUAUUCCGGCUCAUACGCAAACGAAAAAAAUGGUCACUCGAGUUAGAGAUCAAGGUAUCGACGUACAAACAGAUUUAGAGGCGUAUAUGUUAAGAAAUAAUAAACCUAGUUACACACUUCAUCGCGAUGCAGCCACUGAAACUAUGCCUAUGACUCCUCGGUGUAAAGAAAUUGCUGUUGGUUCUAAAUAUGGAAUGUUACAUUUUCACGAUCGAUCUACUAUAACCGAUGAAAAGAAAAUUGUUCACAGAAGCUCUUUCGUUAUGACUGACGUAGUAACUAAAAGUGAUCGCACAACGCAAACUCUAAUAGUGCCACCGCCAAGAAGAAAACGACGUGUAUUGUGUAAUUGCAUGAAAAAUUCUGAAAAAAUUAAAUGUUCUAAUGAAAAUGCGGCACCAGUUAUAAGUAUUAACAUUUCACAAGUUUAUCCUGCUGAUUCAGAGUCACAAACAUCUGAUGAUAAUUCCGAUAAUACGGCUGACAAUAAUAGCUGUGGCAAAUCGGAAUCAGUCCAGAACAUGCCUCCUGAUUUAUUAACUAAUCAUAGUACACUUGAUCCUUGUUGUAGUAAGACUGUUAAAAUUGAACAGAAUGCUAAAGUUUAUAACGUAAAUAUACCGCAAGAAAUUGAAAUAGCAAAUGACACUGCCACCAGCAAUUCCUCGAAAUCAUUACAAAACUGUGACGACUUUUCAGAUACGGAAGAUUGUGUCUUGCCCCGUGUCUCUCCAGAUUGUUUAAAAAGGGUAGAUUCCAGUGAUAUGAAAGAUAUGAUUUUAGGUCGCAAUGAAAACUUGUACCCAUACAAUAUUAUUCUGUCUCCACCUCGAGCAGUGGAUAGCACAAAGAGAUUAGUGAAGUUCCAAGAUGAUACUGUUCCUGUUUCCUCCGUCGCUUCGCAGGCUACUUGUGAAACACAGAACAAAAGAACAUUUUAUGAAACAAAUCACAACUCCGAAGCCAUUGAUAAUAAUAUAGACAAUGAAGCGAAUAUUCUGGACAGUCAAGAUACGCCCUCUAAUUCUUAUUCAGAUUCUACAGACUCAAGUAAAGUAGAAACUGAUUCAUUCAUCUGGAAGAAAGGCGGUGCAGCGUCUGACAGAAAUAAAACCAAUAGUUUGGGUCAAAACUACACACCGAUUUACAAAGGGGCAAAGUAUGCAAAAGCCAAAGCAAAGUUGUAUAGAGAAUUUUUAGGUCUGAAUAAAGAGGUGUAUGAUAAUGAUUCCUCCCAAACAUCAUCAAAGCAUAAUGAUAUCAGUUCGAGCGAUAGUGUUGAAUCGCGUGACACGUCUAAUGCUUCUUUUAGGCGAAGAAAAAACAUUCUCGAAGAUAAGCUGAAGUUACGGUGCAACCACAGUAACAGUUUUAGGAGCCUUGAACAAGAACUGAAGAUUUCGUGCAAUAGUUUAGAAACUUCCGUGAAUAAAUACGAGAGUUAUUUGUCUGGUUACCAUAAUGGCAAAAAAGGUGGUUACAGGACUGAAAGUUCGGCUCGAACGCCCACAGAGUAUUUGCAGCACUUGGUGCAGUUGCGGAGACAAGUCGUCAACGGAGAUUGUGAUACAGAAAGUAGUUCUCUUGCAAAAUAAUUGAAUGCUAAUGAAUUGUUGUAAGUGUGUCUACAUUAUAGUGUGUUAGUAUUAUUAAGUGUAAUCUUGUGAAAAUUGUAAGCACAUGUUAGCAUACUAA